GGUUUGUUGAGCGGCUGAGGCAACCGCCGUACACAGGGGGCGUCAGCGUUCUGUGGAGUACGCGGCAGGUCGGGCCAUGAACUUGGGAGAUGGUUUAAAGCUUGAAACUGAAUUAUUGAAUGGAAAAACCAAGCUAAUAUUGUCUCCAUAUGAACAUAAAUCAAAAAUUUCUGUAAAGAUGGGAAAUAAGACCAAGAUUGCAAAAUGUCCUUUAAGAACUAAACAAACUGGAUACAUUCUAAAAUCAACACAAAAUACUUGUGUCAGGAAUGAAAAACUUUUGCAAAGGAAGAGAAUUGGUUCAGAAACUUCACUGGCAAAAGGUGGAAAAAAUAGUAUCACUUUUUCACCCACUAAGGAUUUAUGCAAGCAGUAUGCAGAUAAAGACUGUCUUCAUAUCCAAAAAGAGAUUUCACCUGCAACCCCUAAUACACAGAAAAAUAGAAACCCUGUGGAUGCAUCUGUCGUAGCUAAACAGCAGCCUUGCAAAAAGCACAUCACAGCUUCAGGUAUGAAGAGCAGUUUCGUUUGUCUAACACAAGACCAACUACAACAGCUUUUGAUGACUAUAAACCAAGGAAAUAAAUCUAUGUCCCUGACUGAGAAUGGAAAGAAGGAAGAAACAAGUCAGUACAGUCUAAAUUUAAACAAUAUUCCUGAUCAGCCAAAGGAUGAGAACAUUAUGGGACUACUCCAAAAAACUGAGGCUGUUUCAUCUGUUCAGGAUGAAAAAAAAUCUGUUUUAAAUAAAAAUCAGGUGACGUCUAAUCAGUAUGAGCAGAAAAUUGCCACAGAGAAUGUAUGGAAACCAACAGACAUAUUUAGUACCCUGGGAGAAAGAGAACGUGAUAGAAGUUUGUUGGAAGCAAAAAAAGCCCAGUGGAGGAAAGAGCUUGAUGAACAGGUUGCUUUAAAGAAGAAAGAAAAAGAAGCUUCUGAAAAAUGGAAUCAUUGGAAAAAAUUUGAAAGUGAUAAAAUAGGAUGGGAAAAACUUCAAAUUCUUGAUCAAUCUAAGACUUCUGCUGGCUCUUCUAGCAUUGUGUCACAGUCUCCCAGGCAGGUGAUGGUGGUCCAAGCUGAUGGGCACUCACUAUCUAGAGGUAGUCAGAUUUUAGAGGAAGCAGUACUGAUGGAGCACUCUUUCAGUGCUAUGAAGCAAGAACAGCAGAGAAAAUGGAUUGAAGAAUUGAACAAGCAAAUAGAAGAUGACCAGCAAAAAAAAAUGGAAGAAAAAAUUAUAUCUUCAAAGGGUGAGGAACAUGACAGAUGGGCAAUGCAUUUUGAUUCAUUAAAGAGCUAUCCUGGUUCUCAGUCUCAACUGUCUUCUCGGUCAACACACAAACAACCAGAGUACUUCUGUAUCUCUCCGGACACUCAGGAGUUGGCUGAUAUCAGCAGUCUUUGUACACCUACAACUGGAAGCCAGGUUGAACCUUCAGAGGAGGAACACAUAGCAAAACCUGUUACAGAUACAGCUGUGACAAACAGUCAAAAAACAAACUUUCUACGUUCUAUGACUGCUCUUUUGGACCCAGCUCAGAUUGAGGAACGAGACAGGCGGCGACAAAAACAGUUAGAACAUCAGAAAGCCAUCACUGCUCAGGUAGAAGAGAAGCGCAGGAAGAAACAGCUUGAAGAAGAGCAAAGAAAGAAGGAGGAACAAGAGGAGGAGCGUCGCUUAGCAAGGGAACGAGAAGAGAUGCAGAAACAGUAUGAAGAAGAUAUACUUAAGCAAAAACGAAAGGAAGAAAUCAUGACUCUCAAGACAAACGAACUGUUCCAGAUGAUGCAGAGAGCGCAGGAGCUGGCACAGAGACUGAAACAAGAACAGAGAAUUCGAGAAUUGGCUCAGAAGGGACAUGACACUUCUAGAUUAAUUAAAAAUCUUGGCGUUGAUACAAUACGUAUGGAGUAUAAUGCAUCUGACAACAUUGCAAAUUCAAGACAUGGCUUGGAUGAAGUCAGCAGUGAAAUGAAUACAUGGAUCAACUCUACAGCCUCUCCCAGGAAGGAUACUGGUGUGCAAACAGAUGACUUAAAUACGGAAAUAUUUACCAAUACAGAAUCAGAAUCCUGCUGUGAAUCAGUAAUAGAGAGGGACGUUAUAAAUUGUUCAUCUUCUGAGAUUCCUGCAGUUAAUCAACAAUUUAACACUAAGAAAAACAAGCAGGAACAAGUAAGUCAGGAUAAAGGAGACAACUUAGAAAAAGAAAACAGUUGGUAUAACGAUCAGUUCACAAGAACAGAGAGACAAACGAAACAUAUGAAGAAAUAUCCUAAAAGGCCUGAGUGGAAUAUAAAUAAGCCACUCAGAAGGUAUAUUCCAGCAUCAGAAAAAUAUCCUAAACAGCUUCAAAAGCAGAGAGAAGAAAAAAAAAUAAGGCGGCAGAUGGAACUGCUUCAUUUGGUGGAGAAAAAUAAUCCUGGACACCUCUCUCAAAAUGGAGGCACUUCACCAGAAGUUCUUCAUUUAUCUCAACAGGAAAUUGAACCAAGGUUCAGGUGGCAUCUAGUCACAAAGGAAGAAGAGCCUCUGAGAAUUAAUUCUUUCAGCAAGGAAAGGUCUCGAUCACCACCAGUUCCGGCAGUGAAAAACAGAACGGAACAAACUCAGACACUAAAAAGCAGUAAUUGUGAAAGAGAGAAUCUGCUCUCAGGAGGUAGUCAGACGGAAUUAUCACCUGGGAUUUCUGAACCUUUCGAUUUUAUUCCCUAUGUCCGAACCAAUGAGAUCUAUUACCUUGAUCCAGAUGCACCACUGUCUAGGCCUUUGACCCAAGAUACACACUACCACAAUCCACGUGACUGUGAUCAAGAACAACAGCUAUUUGACUCUGACCAACUCAGGUACCCACUUCUUAAUCCUAACUUGGUGAAACACAGGGAUCGACAGCAAGCAAUCCUUAAGGGACUAUCAGAACUGAGACAGGGCCUUCUCCAGAAGCAAAGGGAGUUGGAAACUAAUCUCAUGCCUUUAGCUGCAAAUCAAGAAGAAAGUUUUAGUUCUUCGUUUUAAAUGUAGACAAUCUUCUAUAUGUCUUCCAAAUUAUAAAAUGUGGUUGUUGCUUAAGUGUAUCUUCCAAAUAGCCUAGAUUUAUUUUUAAACUGCUUACUUAAAACUUGUACAUUAUGUAGUAAAAUGCUGUGUAUGUAUAUAGAAUUUUUUAAACAAGAAAUGAGACACUUGUAAAAGCUAAAUAGUUUAAAAAAAAAAGAAAAGAAUUUUUCUGCUCUGGCACAAUCUGGGUAUUUAAGUCCUAUAAAAACACUUUCUACUUACCUUAACACAGGCUGGAGUUACAGACAACAUUCUUCCACAUUUUACAUGUAGCUUAUUAACUGAAAUAUCACUUAUGUGUUUUGUUCUAUAGAAAGAUUUUAAACGGUAGAACUCAUCCAAGUUCUUUUGAGGCUAAAAAGGAAGGUCUGACAUCCCAACUUUACUGAAAAUAGGCCAGAUUCAGUUUAGGUUUGUGUGGAAAUUUGACUUUUCAAACAAGUUUCUACUAGUAAUGGAGAGGCGGUUAUUAGCAAAUAGAUGUCGGUUUAAAAUUUAUCUCCACCGUGUGCUUAUCUGCAAAUUUAAAAAUUAGUUUUAGUUGUGCACUAAAGUGCUUACCACCUGAAAAAUAUACUUGUUUUUCUAACAAUUUAAAAAUCUAUAGCAAAGUGUUUUCAAAUUGUUUAAUGCCUUUAAUAAACAGAAGCUGAUCUUUUGAAAUAUGAAACAAUUUGGUUAAGUCAAAUCAAAGCCCACACAAGCACUAAAAAUUGUAAUUAUCAAAUACUCCCAAAUAAAAGGUUGACCAAAAUUUUUAGCUAUGGGCAAUUUUUACAUAGUUAAUUCUAAAGAUAAAAAAUUAUGCUGCCUGGUAAGUCCAUAGUUUUAUCAUCUAAAUGAAGCUGCACUGUUCAGUAAAUCUUGAGGUAUUGAGCCAAAAGCCUGUAAAUAUUUAACAUCACUGGCUUAUACCUGUGUUAAAAACACUAUAUAAAAGCUUAAAGUAAAUACAAUAGUUGAUACAUCAUUUCAGCAAAAGUAGUUGGGAUCCUCUGAC